GUGCGUCGCGCCGGGCUCCGUUCCGGUGUGCUGUCUCACUGGUGAGGCCGAGCAGCCGGCCAGCCUUUCCCCGCGCCGACUCCGCAGCCUCCCGCUUCCCGUCACCAUGGAGUACCUGAUCGGCAUCCAGGGCCCCGACUAUGUCCUUGUCGCCUCCGACCGCGUGGCCGCCAGCAAUAUUGUCCAGAUGAAGGACGAUCAUGACAAGAUGUUUAAGAUGAGUGAAAAAAUCUUACUGCUAUGUGUUGGAGAGGCUGGAGACACUGUACAGUUUGCAGAAUAUAUCCAGAAAAACGUGCAACUAUAUAAAAUGAGGAAUGGAUAUGAAUUGUCUCCCACAGCAGCAGCUAAUUUCACACGGCGAAACUUGGCUGACUGUCUUCGGAGCCGGACCCCAUAUCAUGUGAACCUCCUCCUGGCUGGCUAUGAUGAGCACGAGGGGCCAGCACUCUACUACAUGGACUACCUGGCAGCCUUGGCCAAGGCCCCCUUUGCAGCCCACGGCUAUGGUGCCUUCCUAACUCUCAGUAUCCUGGACAGAUACUACACACCGACGAUCUCACGGGAGAGGGCAGUGGAGCUCCUGAGGAAAUGUCUGGAGGAGCUCCAGAAGCGCUUCAUCCUGAACCUGCCAACCUUCAGUGUUCGCAUCAUUGACAAAAACGGCAUCCACGACAUGGAUAACAUUUCCUUCUCUAAACGGGCUUCCUAACGCAAUGUCCUUUCCCACUUACCAGGGAACUUUUUUGAUGGGCUCCUUUAAUUUUUUCUACUCUUUUGGUGUGCACUCUUGAUAGAUGGUUAAUUCAGAAUAAAGCUGGAUAUAGAUAAAUUGA